AUGGGAUCCAGCAGCCCACCUGCCCAUUCUCCUGUUACAGUUGGCCAGGGAAGAGGAUCCGAGCCCUCGCUGGCCGCCCCCGCCGUGCGCCACGGCUCCAAUCCCUAUAUGAUUCAGGAAGCUGACCGCAGGAACAUCUCUGGGCUCUGGCCUGAAUCCCUACUGCUCGCUACCCCAGACUAUGGCAGGGGGCAGAUCUCUCCUUCUCUGCCCACACCCCCCACCUGGGCAGUGGGAGCAGCCCAGCACAUCCCUGACCAGCAACCAAAACCCCAGCAGGGACAGACACUUCAAGGGUCACAGCCCUGUGGGCAACCUCACAGCCACAGCCCUGCCAGAGGCAGGGUUCAGAGCCCUGGACUCCAGGACUGGGCAUACACUCGAACCUUCAGGAGUGGCUACUCCGGGCAGACCAGCCCCCGCCCACCCAAUCAGGCCCCCCUGCAGGUCCCCCUCAGCCCAAGGCCACCGGCAGAAGCCAGGCACCAGGUCAGGGAAAGAGCCUGCCAGCUCCCGAGCAGCUUUGCCCCUGGCAGCCAACUGGCUGCCCCUCUGCCCUCGGGUCCUGCUGACCGCCAGGGCAUCAGGCACUCCAACUGCUGUGCCCGCUGCCCCUGGCCGGGAGGCGCCGCACCGGACUGCCGGUGUCCCCACCUGCCCGCCCCCCAAAGCUCUGGCUGCCGCGCCCGGCGUCCCGGCUCCCCGCUCACCUCGGUGGCGGUGGCGCUGUCUCCGCACCAGAGGCACUGCAGUGUGGGAACUGUCCCGAGGAGCCAGUUCUCCGCUGAAACAAAGAGCAGAGACACAAGAACCAAGGUUCCCAUCCAGCCCCAGGAGCCCAGAGAUUCAAAUGAGCCAACCAUCUGGAAGCCCCCAGAAGGACCAAAGCAGGGGCCAGCUGGGAAGGACCCUGCUUUCAAUGCCUCCUUCAUAUCUGCCGGUUCCAGGUGUGGAUGGCGAGGCUCAAGUGAGGCGAUGGCUGUUUGCUGUAAUUGCAUUUUUGCUGCAGCAGCGGUGGCGGCGGUGGUAACUGUGGUGGCAAAGGCGGUGGCUUCCUCUGAGGCCUGGAAGCCCGCCAGGGAGGUCGGGGAGGGGUCUGGAGCCAAGCAGGCCUGGACCACCCACAGAGAGCUGUAUAGCCAGAGGUUCCAGGUGCGUGGCUCUGAGACCCUCUCUUUGUGGUUCAAGGCAGGAGUGGGGCCACACAAGUCUGGGGUCUCUGCAGGGGACCUGCUGGCCUCAUCAGUCUCCUGCCCCAGACGUCUCCCCAAACCCACUUCCUGCCGCAGCUUCAGGACUCACCUGUGUAGGACAGCCCUCCCAGCCUUGGUUGAUGAGGGAGCAUGGGGCAAGCUGAGGGCAAAUACAGGCUGACAGCACGCUGCCCCCCACCCUGGCCCCCUCCACCGGGGGGAAUAUGUGUGAUAUUCCUCGGACACUCCUGGCUACCCAAGAGCAAAGGAAAUGGGUUUAGGUGUUUGCCAUGGUGAUGUGGGAAACUAAGGCAAAUGAAAAAUUAAAUUCCCUUAUGCCUACAGCCCAUUGACAGGUUCCUGAAACCAGCAGAGUGACCUCCCUCUAGGAGCUCAGCUGCCUCAAGGAUGACACUUUGCUGGGGGCAAAAGAGAAUCUUAGCUUAACGUUAUCCCAACCUCGAGGAUCCUGUAAGUCUACUGUAUCUCAACUGCCCCAAGAUAUAUGCUGGCAAUCAUACUCUAAGCUUAUGGCCCCCAGUAUACAUCUGAAGGGUCUCAUGACUGAGGUUUUAUUAAACAGUAAUAAAUGGUGUUUCCCUAGCAACAGCUAGCCCCUCAAAGUCCCAGAAACCUUGCUUCCAAAAUUCCUUGGAGACUUACUCUAUCCCUGACUGACCCCUCCCAAACUGAGGGUAUAAUGAUGAGUUACCCAUCAUGACCCCAGUGCAGCUCUCCCUGUCCUGUCCUCAUGCUUUAAUAAAAUUACCUUUUUGCACCAAGGGCGUUUUCAAGAAUUCCAAACCCCAUGAAUCCCCGAUCACCCCAAAACUUCAUCAUUGGUCACAUCCCCUUCACUCAUCCGUUUGUCGCUCACUAGGUAUCUCCUCUGUGCCAGCCAGCAGAGCCAGGGCUAGAGACACAAGGCUGGGUGGGCUAGAUUGGACCCUGCCCCACGGCACCUUUGGUCUCUCUGAGGAGGCAGACAUACUAAUCGCCCUGGCCACAUGGUUUUGUGACGGCUAGUGGAGCACAGGUGUGCUUACUCCCAACCCAGGAGGAAAGAUGUCUGAGCUGCAAUGAAUAUGAUCCAGGAGAGGCGGGGGUCAGGUACCUGGGGUGUGCCAGAAGCUAAAAGGGCCUCCUUUUGGUGGGAGGGAGUGUAGAGAGUGAGGGGCCAGAUCUGGGGGGGGCAUGGAAGGGUCUGAGCAGGGCUCUGGGGUAGGAAAGGAACUGGUAACUCUUAGCUGGUGGCUGGGAGGCCAGGGAGGAGUGGCUGGACUUGAGGGAUGUUUGGGGAUGGAAAGGGUUGGUCGUGGUGCACUGGUUGGCUGUAGGGGUGGGGAAAGAAGAGCCUGGACCCCCUGAGGAGGGGCUUUGGGAGUGGGCUUGGGUUCUGAGACCCCACAGGGUUGGGACUAGGGUGAGGCAAGUGAAGUGCCUAGGAUGCAAAAUUGGGGGUAUUCACUCCCGGCCUUGUGUCCCCAUCUGUGCCCCGUCCCUCUGAAAUUUCUCACUAAGAAUGUGGAAGCCACCUCUAGGGAGGAGCAAGGAGGAUAAUUCUGGACAGGGUGUCUCCUUCUGUCCUUAAUUUUUUUUUUUAAAGUAUAUAAACAUUUUUUUAAAUGUUUAUUUAUUUUUGAGAGGGGGAGAGGCAGAGAGAGAGAGGGACAGAAGAUAAGAAGCAGGUCCUGUGCUGACAGCAGACAGCCUGAUGCGGGGCUGGAAACCAUGAACCGCGAGAGAUCAUGACCUGAGCCUAAGUCGAAGCUUAACCAACUGAGCCACCCAGGCGCCCCUCCCCCCUUUAAUCCCUACUUGGGAGAUGCUGCCUUCUCUGCACCCUCCAGGGCUGGGGUGGGGCUGGGAUUGACCCCUUAGGAUAUUAUAUCCUCUGGACAGCUACUCCAUUUCCAUUCUGAUGCAGGAUGACAAGUGCCCCAUCCGGCUUCUUCCUGCAUGCCACUUAUGACAGGGAGCUCCCUGCCACCUGGGCACCCAGUCCCCUGGCUCCAGCCAUUAUAAAAAAUGUUUCACCCUGAGCCCCCAAACCUGGAGAUUUGCGGUGUCUUCUACCCAGUAGUGGCCUCAGCUUUGCCUCUGACUCUUUCCCACCCCUCUGGUGGGUCUGCUGAUCCCCUUUCCCAAGACAGCUUAACAUCUCUGAGCUUCAGUAUCCCUGUAAAAGGGAAACAAUACUAGUCAGCACCUUCUAGGGCUGGUGUGAGGAUUCAUGGCCUGAUGUGCAUAAACCUUACGACACACACCAAUUCCUCAAUAAUGGGUCACUAACUGAUAACCGUUAAUAACUACAUGGGUGGACACUGUCCUCCUCCUGGUGUGGGCUGCCCAGUGAUGUAGCCUCAGCCUAGGCCCCAGAACUCACCUGUUGGCCUCAGGUAGCAGGCUCUACUGUGUCCCUCUCACAUCCAACACAGACACAGGGCUAAUCCCAGAGGACGAUGUUCAUGGGGAAGAGGGAGUAACACUUUCACGAGAUGACCAAGUGGUGCUGAGUUAUGAGCCUGCCCUGCUGGUGUGAAUUGGUUCUCCGCUCAGUGUUCACUCCAGCUGUAGGAGCAGCCUUGGUGCCUCCUCUCCUGCCCCCUUCUCCUCAAGUCUCUCAGGGGGAUGGGUGGUGGCUGAGAAGGAGGGACGCAGACCUACCCUGUCUGCCAAUAGGCAUCUCUGGGGCACAUCACUAGACCCUGUCGUGUCUUUGGGGCUGUCCUGGUGGAGGGGGUCUCUCCUCAGCCUGAGGCGCCUGCACAGCCCGGGGUCCCACAGAGGGGGCAGUCCCAGCAGAAGCUCAUUCCUAAUAGGCGCAGUUGUGUGGAUCAUCACCAGACUCCUGCCAUGAGACUGCGGUGUGGGGAGCCUGGGGCAGGAAUCCCUGACUCCCCUGAAGAAUCAGAAAAGCCAGCCCGGGACAGAAGGACAAGUGGUGCUGUAGCCUAGUCCCUAAAGCCAUCCUGUGACCCUCCUUCUGUGCUGUCUCAUUCCAGGAGCUGUGUCCACAGCCGGCUCCUGCCCCCAGGCUCUCUGCUUCUGUUCCAGGGUUGGUUCCUGGUUGAAAGUCAGAGCUUGUCAGACCGCAGUGAUCGUGCUCACCAGCUCUUGGUGACCCAGGAGCUCUGGAUUCCUGUCUGAGGGGCAAGAGCACCACUGAGGAGGAACUAAGGGUGCAAAGGUCCAGAGCAGUGAGGGUGGAUGAAGGGAUGCCAAGUCCUGGGUAGGCCGGGGGUGAUUCUGG